UCACUCACUCACUUCAAUGUCCACAGAGUUUACCCCUCAGUACUGGCAGUUGAAUGUACUAGCUGAUAAUUUCAUGGAGUCAUCUUUCUCUAUCGUGGGCUUCCCCUGUGACCAGUUCGCACACCAGGAACCAGGCGCCAACAAGACUGAGUUACUAGCUGGACUCCGGUAUGUCCGCCCCGGCAUGAACUACACGCCUCACUUCACACUACACAUGAAGAUUCACGUCAAUGGCGAGGACGAACAGCCCCUCUACAGAUACCUGAAGGAUUCUUGUCCUGUUCCUCUGGACGCUUCUUACGACAGAAGCGAGUCAUUUUGGGAUCCUAUCAAGGUGAACGACAUUUCAUGGAACUUCGAGAAGUUUCUCAUUGACCACAAUGGCCGCCCACUCUUCCGGUUCCGGCCGGAUGUUGAACCCAUGGAUCUGAGAGAGCUGGUUGAGCUAAUGUUGGACAGGUCCCUGGAUCCCUGACGAGUGGAACGCGAAAGCAGAAACUGAGCUCCAAAUUAUACACAACAAAAUGAAAGUCAGAGAGGAGGCGAAGAAGAAAGAGGAAGAGAAAAAGAAACAAAAAUAACUUGAACAUAUUAUUCAAAUGUGAUACAUUUGUCCCAAUCAACUGUUUCUUUCUAUUUAUUUAUUGGCAUUGUGUUUUUAGUAAAUUGAACUCAUUAGGUGCCCCGGAGUAACCGGAAGUCCAGAACCGGAUGUGCUAAACAUCUGUCCUUAUAGUGUAUUUUUAGGUACCAUAGGAAACUAGUGCAAACAUUGAAGUUAUACAGCUACUGACGUUGUUUAUUUGUAACUAGAGGACAACUUACUGUCAUUUGAUCAGGCGACGCCGUGGCAAAAUUCAUACACGGCCCCAGAUGUGUAUCUGUCAAAGAUGAGGCUAUAAGGUGGAUGUGGGAUGUUGGAUUAAUGUGGGUGUACUCGACUUCAAUACACACAGGUGAUCAGGUGUACUCAGCUUAAAACUGUGACUAAGUUAUUUGAACCUUCCAAAAAAAUUACACGGUUAGUUUACGGAAAUUGCCAAAUCACAAAUUCACUUCCGCUUUUUCAAAUGCUGCAGCGACGCUUGAUAUAUUUAGAUAAUCUUUAUCACCAGCUGCAGUACAUCACUGGAUGAUAGUAGCCUACAUAAACUUAACACAUAUUCCAAUCCUGAGAUUACUGUGACAUCAUCUUAUAGUCUUUGUCUGUUUGUGCUAUCAACGUUCUUUGGUUAUGUUGAUUAAUAAUUCAUUCAUUCCAUUCACCCAUAUAUGGUCCUUGCUAAAAAUCUCUAGCUGCGCCUGUUUUGGCUCCCCGGGUAUUUGACCUCCUCCCUUGCUACACUCUAUGACGGCCUUGCUGUAAACUGCUCAUGCGCAGAAGGCAUGGCCCGAUGGCCAAUAUGGACUGUGGUUUUGUACAUUCAACCAGAGUCUUGUUGUUGGUAGUGUUCACGGAGGCUGUCAGUCACUCAGAGUCCGCCAUUUAACAAUAAACGCUAUAUUUUU